CUUCUUUCUAUCAAACUCAGUGCAAAUCCACAUUUCAACAGUCUCAGGUCGAGAGACGGGCAAGACGCGCGGCAGGGGCCCACCGGCUUGGCUCCACCGCCCCACGCUGCGAGGAACUCCUUUUUCCCCAGCUGCGGCGCGGCCAAUUGCCAACCGUGGCUGUGCGGGCGUGUGAGCCUCAAUGCCACCCAUCGCGUCUCCCCCGAAUUAAUAUCGCCCAUGGGCCCCCGAGGCUGUCUGUUCACGCCGCGCCCGCCUUCGCAUCCACCAUCUUUCGAGCGACGCUGCGACGCCUUCGCCGCAGCGCAUCUGGGACGCCCUUUCGUCCAAUGUCGUCGUUACCGUCCCGUUCCGCUGCAGCACAUCGUUAACCCAGAGACACCCGGCGCUCUUUCGCCAGAGUGCCGAGUGCUCUCCUUGUUUGCACUCUGUUGGGUCUUUUUCUCGUAACUGUUGUAAUAUUAGGAGCCAAUAUGCUGCUGCGACGGCGUUGCGGCGUAACUGACGUUCUUUCCUGGUUCUUCGUCUCGGCCGUCGCCCUCGUCUUCUUCCUCAUCUGCUCCAUCCUCUACGGCACCCGCACCGAGAGCCCCUCGCUUCCGCCCCUCGUCAAGGAGGUGCUCCCCGCCGGCCGCUGCCUCUGCGAAUACAGCACCACCUUUUUUUGCGACACGUGUCUCGAUUGCGCCUCGAACCAGGCGCUUUCGAGCAAUGCGACAUGGGACGAGGACGAGGCCUGGGUGUUCAAUUACAAGCGCGACGGGAACAAUUACGGCCUAGACGAGAAUCAAUGCAUCGCUGCGUUUCCGGGCUUAUAUGAAGACCUCGAGAGGGCGAAGAGGUACAGGAGAGGGAAGGGAAAAGUUACUCAGCCCGAGCUGUCGAGUUUCGCCUUGACAAAAGGCAUGGUACGGGCUAUGAUUUAUGACAGCGAGCUAUACAUCCUCGAAACCUUCCUCGUAGACAACGUCAACCGCCAAAAAGCCGUCGCCACCCUCUCCGCCCUGCACCGCGCCAUCUCCUCCGCAAGGGACCGUUCCUCGAUACCAAACAUCGAGUUCGUGCUCAGUGUCGAGGACCUCCCCGCACAACCUAAAAAGCCGCUGUGGAUGCUCGCGCGCCGCACGCAGGACGAGGAGUUGUGGCUCAUGCCUGAUUUUGGCUUUUGGAGCUGGGAGAUGCCGCAGAUUGGUGCGUUGGAUGAGGUAGCCGAGGAGGCCAAACAGCGCGAGAGUAUUGAGCCGUGGGAUCAGAAGCAGGAGAAGCUGGUGUGGAGGGGCAAGAUCACAAUGGCGCCGAAACUGAGAAGAGCGCUGCUUGACGCGGCGAAGGGAAAACCAUGGAGCGACGUGGGGCAGGUGCGGUGGACGGAUCCAAAUUUCAAGGAACAGUUUCUGGGGCCUGUUGACCAGUGCAAUUACAUGUUCAUUGCGCACGCCGAAGGACGCUCCUACUCCGGCGCCCUCAAAUACCGCCAACUCUGCCGCAGCGUCAUCGUCUCGCACAAAUUGCAAUGGAUCCAGCACUACCACUACCUCUUCCGCAGCGAAGGCACCCACCAGAACUUCGUUGAGGUCGAGCGCGACUUCUCCGAUCUCUCCAACACUAUGGACGAUCUGCUAGCACACCCCGAGAAAGCGAAGCGUAUCGCAGAUAACAGCGUGCGAACGUUUCGGGAGCGGUAUCUGACACGCGCGGCCGAGGCGUGCUAUUGGCGAGCUCUAGUCAAGGCGUGGCACGAGGUUAGUUUUGAGCCAUUGCUGUAUAACGGGGUCGAGGUGGGCAAGGUGCACAAGAGGACGCAGAAGAGGGGUGUAAGAUAUGAGACGUUUAUAUUGUACGAGACCGACAAGCAGAUGGAAUUCCCCAAGAGCGCACAGUAAAUACCACUGGAUUUCUGGUACAUAUAUCUGGACAUACUUGAAGCCACUUUUGGAUGCAGCGUUUUGGAAGGCAUGUUGUUUAUAUACCCCUUUAGCGUUUUUUUGCAUAGCGCCCCACGAAAGGACGAGAUCGGGCACGAUCGCAUGAAGAUGAUAUGUGAAUGUAAAAUAGCGAGCAUUUUGGAAAGUCCGCAAAAGAAUAAAAGACAUUCUUCCAUUGGCCGCUCUCCUGAUGCACAUUUGGAGAGAUACGGCAU